CAAUCCAAUCCACGCCGCCGCCUCCGGAGCAAGGUCAUAAAUCUCGGCGAACCGCGGCGACCGGCGACCGGACGAAGCCAAGAUGCAGAUCUUCGUGAAGACGCUGACGGGGAAGACGAUCACGCUGGAGGUGGAGUCGUCGGACACGAUCGACAACGUGAAGGCCAAGAUCCAGGACAAGGAGGGGAUCCCGCCGGACCAGCAGCGGCUCAUCUUCGCCGGGAAGCAGCUGGAGGACGGCCGCACGCUCGCCGACUAUAACAUCCAGAAGGAGUCCACGCUGCACCUCGUGCUCCGCCUCCGCGGCGGCGCCAAGAAGCGCAAGAAGAAGACCUACUCCACGCCCAAGAAGCUCCACCACGAGCACAAGAAGACUGAGCUCGCCGUGCUGGGACACUACCGGGUGGACGACGCCACGGGCAAGGUCGAGCGCCUGCGCAAGGAGUGCCCCAACCCGGACUGCGGCGCCGGGACCUUCAUGGCCGCGCACGCCGACCGCCACUCCUGCGGCAAGUGCGGCCUCACAUACGCCUACGCCUCCGCCUCCGCCUCCGAGUUCCAGAACCCGGAGGUUGAUAAUUGAUUCAUGUGUUCUUACUAGUCUCGGUGCUUCGAUCUCGAUGAAUUUGCUGU